CAUGCCCUGAUCGAUAGAUAUUUACAGAAGAAAAGAAGCGCAGAGCAUGAUAUCACUGACAACAGCUUCAAAUUUAACGACUGCUCGAAAGAUGUUCACCGUGAUGUUCCUUCUAUUAACAUAAUACUAAGAUCAGACUGUACGAUCGAGUCUGAUCGGUAUAACUGCUCCCAAAGGGAAACCAUUCGAGACAAGAACAAACAAUUAUUGCCGAAGAACGAAGAUUCCGAAAGAACGUUACAAACAGAUUUGGAGUCGAGUUUGCAACGGACAGUUAAAAAGAAGAAAGAUGCUGUAACUUUUAUACACGUAGACGUGGAAACAAAGUAUACAAAUACACUGGCCAGAUCUAAACUUGGAGUAAUCGAGAACUCGUCGAAACCUACGAGUCACAGGUUAACGCACUCUUGUAUUUGUCCUCUGAAAUUACCUGAUACUAAUAAAAAUUUGAUGAAACAUAAGGUACCAAGUGACACGAAAACUUCUUAUAAUAAACCUAUAUCAGAGGAUAAGCAAUUAAAAGAUUCAUCGGGUGGACAAAGAAUGCAUUUCUGCACAAAUAUAAAUUAUAAUUCAACUGACUAUCCUUUGAGAAAUAUAGAAAGAGAAAUUGAAGAUGGAAAUGAUACCAUAGAAGAAAACUCUGUGGAUAAUGGUACAACGAAUAGUUAUUUAAAACCGCGAGAGAAUGUUUAUCGUAGUAAGUUGGAACGAAAACCUAAAAGUACAGUCUUAAAAGGUUUAUCUUUCGAAAACAUUCCGCACUCUACACUUGGAAAUAAUUUAUCGGUUGCGAAAAGUGCAGAUAUUUGUACUAACGCAAACUGUAAUUCAACUGCCAAUCCUACGUUAAAAACAAAUCGAAAAGUUGAACAUGAAAACGCAAUCAAGGAUGAGAAAUCUGUGAUUACAAUGGAUAAUUAUUCAGAGGAUCGGAAAAGUGUAAACCGUAAUACGGAACCGAAAUCGGAAAGACCUGUAGAUACAGUUGAUACUACCUUGGAUAUGCUGCAAAGUAUAUUGGAAGUAGUUAAGGAUGCCAAUAAUAAAACUAUGGUAAAAUGCAAAAACAUCAAAUGUAAUUAUAAAAAUGAUAUGCAAAACGUGAACAAUGUGAAAAGCGAAAUUAUAGACAUUGAUUACGAGACGCUGCCGUCAAUGGAGUUGAUGAAACCAGAAUGUAUGAGAAUGCUAACAGACAUCAAAGAACGUACAAAAAUGUUGGAAGAACAAUUAACCGUUUUGAACAAAGAUAUAAAUAUGAAGAAAAGAGUCAAUGAAAAGUGUAUGGCUAUUUCUGAACGCCGUAUUGGUCCUACCACAAACAUUCGAGAUAUUUACAGUAUUAAACAACAGAGAGAUAUAAUUACUCAGCAGCCAGAGAAGGAAAAUGUCUUUAUACAAAAGUCAAGUAGUCAAAACGAUAUCAGACAUCUGAAAUGUGUGCAGGAGAACAGAAAAUUAGAAUUGAAAAACAUAGUAAAGUUAGGGAAAGUUAAAAAGCACAACUUAAUGUCCCAACAAAUCGAUAAAAGGAAGACACAUAACCAACAAAUUAAUGUAGCCAAUAAAAAUGAUGGAGAACAACAGGAAAAUAAAAAUGAAUUGCUCAAGUGCAAUAAUGUUAAUAAUUUAAAGAGAAUAGAAAAUGUACAAGAUAUUCGUAUGUGGUCUGCAUCGUCUUCGAUUCUGGAUCAUUCCAACUUUAAACCGCUUACUUCGUCUACACCCACAAAAAUGAACUUGGGUAGCAACAAAGAAUGUCUUUGUUAUAUUUCAUGUUCUACUCAGACUGAUACUCGGUCCGAGAGAGAUUCGCAAAUGAAACAAUUUAAAAAAUCUACAUUAAACGAAUCGAUGACCGAUCCUUUGAAAAGAGAAGGGGCUGCGAUUAACUUGACAAACGCCAACAAUGCCAACCAAAAUAGUUCAAAUUGCCAAGAGAAAACUAUUAUAAUGAUGUUAUUAACAAGAGGUGUAAGUAACACGCAUUUAAAAUCCAGAUAUAAAAAGUUAAAAUUUAUCAAUUUUAGACCGACAUGCAUUAUCGAUUCGUGUAUCGUGCGUGAUCGAAUAUCGAUGAAAUCAAAGUUGCCAAAACGUAAAAUCCAGAUACCUACUGUGUUCAGGGAAUUGAAAUCCGUAGCGUGUAAAGUCGAGGAUCGCGUUGACUCUGAGAAACCUACAUGCGACGAUUCUAUGGCAAAAGAUGGCAAAGUAUCAGAUUUAUUAGCCACUGUUUACACGCAGUCGUCUAAUUUAUACAUCACCACUGCCACCUCGGUUUCUCGUGUUACAUUUAAUAAUAAUAAUAAUAAUUAUAAUUAUACUAGAGACAGAGGAGUAAGAACAGGAAUUUGUACAUUGAGCUGAAAACACGUGUAAAAUUCAAACAAAAUUAAGAUAAAUAUACAGUCGGUUUUGUAAAUCGAUGGAGAACAAUUUGUCAAUUAUAGUAAUAUAAAAAUUAAGUUGUUCAUGUAUCGUCGUAUUCUCGUAAAUUUUAAAUCAAAUUGUAAGACUGUACUAGUACUAAUAAUUAAUGUAAACUGUUAUUAUAUUGUACGCAUGACUGAUAUUUUAAGAGAAUCGUUUAUUUUGUAUCUGAUUUGCUGAAUUAAUAAAGACAUCAUUUGGAAUACCGUGGUUGAACUAAUAUCGAAUUAAAAAUAUCAAUAUAUAUAUAUGUAUAUAUACUUCUUUUGUUACAUUCACAAUUAGCGUGUAAGAUGACACAUUCGACUGGAAAUAAUAUUAAUGGAUUUCUGGUCAGGUACGCUGAGACAUGCUCGUUUCAAUAACGAGUAUGAACAGAGAAUAAACAUCCAAAAAUGAUUUGUAUGUUUAAUUUUUAAUAGUUCUCCUUCGUAUUUAGUAAUUUAUUAUAUCAUUCUUUUAUUCCUUUACACAUAUGUUAUGAUCUCGAUGAUCGUAUGAAACGUUGAACAUGUAAACUAGGUAAUUACAAAUAAUAAAAAUAAAAAGCCUCUCAUAAGAUUCUCUCUUCGUUCCUAAACGUUCAGCUAUUCAAUUUGAUUUAUGUAUAUAUGUAUAAUGUAUAAUGUAUUUUAUAUAUAUGUAUAUCCAUAAUAUAUGUAUAAUUUAUAUAUAAAAUACAUAAUAGAGGCUUGCACAACGUUUUACAGUUUACGGCUGUUAUCGUAGAGAUAUCGGGCUUCCUCGUUACAAUACCUCAGCCAUUAUAAUUUUCUCUUUCUUAGUGUCCGCUGUGUUUCAUCAGUUCGAUAAUUACAAAAAAUUCAUACCUUGCAACUCCUACUGUGUCUUGUCAUAAUCUAUUAUAAUACAGAACUUUCUCACUUC